GGACUGCGGGAAACAAGUUUAUUUAGGUGGGUUCGACACGGCUCAUGCUGCAGCAAGAGCUUAUGAUCGAGCGGCGAUAAAAUUCCGAGGAGUGGACGCAGAUAUAAACUUCAACAUCACUGAUUAUGAUGAAGAUAUGAAACAGAUGAAGAAGCUGAGUAAAGAGGAAUUUGUUCAUGUUCUUCGACGGCAGAGCACUGGAUUUUCUCGUGGAGGAUCGCAGCUGAGAGGAUUAUCUCUACAAAAAUAUGGAAGAUGGGAAGCUCAGAUGGGCCAAAUCAUUGGGAAGAGUGGAGUUGAGCAAAAGACUUGUAAGGGGGAGACGAUGGUGGAGGCAAGCAAUGGAGGAAAUGGGCAUAAUCUUGAUCUAAGCAUUGGGGGAAUUUUCAACUACCAUUUUAGCAAUUCUUCCCAGAAGCUCAAUAUUGAGAGACCAAAGAAUGAAAAUAAUUGUGUGGCUGGAGGACAACCUCAUGUUCCUCCUUCUGUCUGGUCUGGCUUUUACUCUGGUUUUUCACCAGAUGAUGAGGAACGAGGGAGAGAGAAGAGAAACAACGGAGACUCGACAAAGAUCCCCACAAGUUGGGGAUGGCAGAUGUCGAUGCCAAUGCCAAUGCAAAUACAAGGGAAUAUGAGUAGUAAUGGAAUAAUAGGUAGAGAAGAAGCUCAUGUUCUUCCCAAGAGUGCAGCAUCAUCAGGAUUCUCUUCCUCUUCUAAUUUUGGUUCACUUUAUGCCCAAAACAACACCACCAAUAUUUCUUAACAACAAACAACAAUUUGAUGUGUCUUUGGCUUCUAAUUAAGAGAGGAAUUUAAUAAUUUAUCAAGCCAACAACCACAAUUAGUUAAAAUAUUUCCAAUUUUUUUCUUUUUUUCUUUGGCGAAAUUUGGAGUAUUCCUAGCUAUAUAUAUGCAUGUACAUAUACAUAUAAGAAGUAUGAUUUUGAGGAAUUGGUUGCUUUUUGUAACCAAAUUGUAUGGCCUUUCCAUUAUUGGAGGCUCUCUUUUUCAUUACUUUGAAAAGAAAUGGCAUUGAUAUA